AUGGCUUCCAACUCUGCUCUUUUCCAGCCCAUGAAGGUUGGCAACGCCCAACUGGAACACCGUGUUGUCCUUGCUCCAUUGACUCGUUUCCGAAGCGAUGCCAACCACGUCCCUACUGCCCUGCAAGAAGAAUACUACGCCCAGCGUGCAACCAAGGGGGGUCUCUUGAUUUCCGAAGCAACCUUCAUUUCGCCCACUGCUGGUGCUUAUCCUGGUGCUCCCGGCAUCUACACUGAGGAACAGAUCGUCGCAUGGAAGCGUGUCACCGAUGCCGUCCACGCCAAGGGUGGUAUCAUUUACGUGCAAUUGUGGCACGUCGGCCGCGCAACCAGCUCUGUCUUGUUGCCCAACAACGCGCAACCCGUGUCUGCAUCCGAAGUCGCAAUCCAAGGCCCUUGCUUGUUUACGCCUGGUAAAGAUUUCGAGGUCCCUCACGCGCUUACUGUUGAAGAGAUUGCCGGUAUUACUCAAGACUAUGCUCAAGCUGCGAAGAAUGCUGUUGCUGCUGGUUUUGAUGGUGUCGAGAUUCACGGUGCCAACGGUUACUUGCUCGAUCAGUUCACUAACACUUCCAGCAACAAGCGAACUGAUCAAUAUGGUGGCUCUAUCGAGAACCGCACACGUUUCACCCUCGAGGUUGUCAAGACCAUCUCGGAUGCCAUUGGUGCUGAGCGCGUUGGCAUUCGUUUGUCGCCAUGGAGCGAAUUCCAAGAUAUGGCCGAUGAAACCCCAUAUGACACUUGGUCCCACAUUGUCCGCGAGCUCAAGGCCCAUCAUGCCAACAUGGCUUACUUGCACAUGAUUGAGCCACGCGAUGACUUUUCUCGCAAAACCGAAAACGAUACUGUCAACACUUUGGAUCCUUUCCGCGAGUUGUGGAAGGAUGGCGUUUUCAUGUCCGCUGGCGGUUACACAACGAAGCCUGAGCUUGCCACUGAGGUUGCCGAUAAGACUGGCAACUUGAUUGCCAUUGGCAGAGCCUUCAUUGCCAACCCUGAUAUCGUCUACCGUCUCAAGAAUGGUGUGCCUUUGACUAGAUACAACCGCGACACUUUCUACACCCAAGGUGCUGUUGGUUACACCGACUAUCCCUUUGCUGAGUAA